AUGCUCCAAACACCCCUUUCUCUUUCAUACUCACACAUUCCGCCACGUCCUCGCUUCUGUAUCUUCCGGCCUGGCGGUCUGCUUGCCCCUUUGAUCCCUAUGGAUGAAUUGCCGUCAUGGUUGCAUAUUGGCAACUUUGGGCCAGACUUGAAUGCAGCUCUGCAGCCAGUCUCUCUCAGCUUCAUCCCACGGGAGGGUGAGUACGAUGUGAUCUGCCAAAAUUGCUCCAGCAGCGUUGAUUCCUUGCAUCAAAGCACGUCUGAGCGGAAUUCGGACUCGCAGUCUCCCCAGUCAGCUUCGAGUCAGACUAGAAGCUGCCCUGGGGCUUUCUUCACCCAGGCUGCAGAAUGCGAUUUUCAAGCAGUGAUUCAACCGAUCAACGUCAUGAGUCAACCUCCUAUCCAAGCAUCCGUUCAGAGUCCAUUCCAUGGCAUGUACAUGUUUCAAAUUCCAGCCAUCUCCUCCAAUGUGAUGCCAUCUGUCAUGCGAACACCUGCAGCCAUGGAAAAGGCCCGCGACAUUGCAAGCACCUGUUCCCAUAUCGGGUCUGAUCUGUUCGAGAAGACGUAUCCUCGAGGUGGACAUCAGUCCUCAGGAUCGGAUGCAGAUUCAGAGAGAUCGGUUUCGCGAUCUGACAAGACGGUCGUCCCUGAUAAAGCCAAAAGAGUCAACAGCCCAGAUCCCCGAGUGGACCGUGUCUCCAGUCCCAACUCUCGGACCGGCUUUGACGCCGACGCUGAAUUGAAAGCACGCAUUCAGGAAUCGGCACCGAAGGAUGACGCUCAUGAGACAAUGACAGUCAUCAAUGAGAGCAUCGCUUCUACUAGAUCCCUUACAGCAGCGGUCGUGCGACUCGGGCAGCUGCUGGCUGAAGGCAAGAUUCGUCGGCCAUCUAACUUUGAUAUCGGAAGACUCCACCGUACUGGCUUCAAGGGGGAUUCAACAGCGCGUUCACGGGCUCCAAGUUUCCAUGCUACUUCGAAGCGUGUUCGUGUUCGUCAUCGCCGUCGUCGUGCCGACAAGCCUGCCAAAUACAAACCGGGUGUAUCAAAAGUCAACGAUGAGCCCCAACCUGAGAAGUCCAAGCCCGAGCAGGUCAGCCCUGAGCAGCCGAACUCUGCCACCAAGAGACGGCAGCGUCGGGAGAAGUUGAACAGGGGCAAGAAGGAUACCCCAAGCCGAAGUCGCUUUACCCACAUGACGGCCACCCAGAACGGGCCUGAGAUCCCUCGUCGCUGA